CGGUUAUGCUUUCUAAGCUCUGGCGGCGGGAAGCUGCGGUACUAACACAGUCCAGUCCAGGUCUAAGGUCCAGCUCCAGGUCCAGGUCUAGUCUCCGCACAAUGUCCCGCAUUCUGAACUGUAUCGUGGCGGUGUGUCCGGACCUGGGGAUCGGGAGGAACGGGGACCUGCCCUGGCAUCCGGUCAGACUCAAUAAUGAAUUCAAGCACUUCAGACGGAUGACAUCGAUGCCAUCUGAGAAAGGGAAGCAGAAUGUGGUGAUCAUGGGCCGCAAAACCUGGUUCUCCAUCCCGGAGAAGAACCGACCUCUGAACAACAGGAUCAACAUCGUCCUCAGCAGGGAGCUCAAGGCGCCUCCUGCAGGAGCUCACCACCUGGCAGCAGACUUCCCCUCGGCUCUCAGGCUGCUGGACCAGGAGCUGGCUGACCAAGCGGACCAGGUCUGGGUCAUAGGGGGUCACUCUCUCUACAAGGAGAUGAUGGAGAGCUCGGGGACCAGGAGGCUGUUUGUCACACGGAUCAUGAAGCAGUUUGAGUGUGACACGUUCCUCCCUGAGAUCAGUCCAGAUAAAUAUCGUCUUCUGCCAGAGUUUCCAGAAGUAACACAAGAGCUGCAGGAGGAGAAUGGGAUCCAGUACAGAUUUGAAGUUUAUGAGAGCAUUGAACAAUGAUGAAAAAUAAAACCAGAAUGAUGUAAAUAUAC